CUGAGACGGAGCAUCGUUGCGCAACCUGCGGUGCUGUGUGGACGCAGCGCCGUGAGCCCAUGAAACAGCCCGGCGCAGCGAGCUGAAGCCCAGCGGGGAGCCUUUAAAAAGCAAAACCGUAUUGUGCUGCAGAAAGCUAAUUAGAGGGAAGGAAAAUCUGAGUAUUUCAAAGAGCCUUUGGAAGUUCAAUUGUGUAAUAGCCAGGAUACCAUACUCAUAGGAGCCGCUCCUCUCUUCCAUAUGCAUCUUCUCCCCAUUUAACCAACAGUAGGGAUUAGAGGUUGUACCUUGAAGAAGAAGUCUUCUGUUAACUGGUGAUUGCACGAAAAGCUUAUUUGCCCUUGGCAACUGAAGAUGAUGUUGCUAUGGAAACUACUGUUUCUGCUAUCAUUCAUUGGCUGCCUAGCAGAGAAUGGCAAGCCACAUGGGCCAGUUUUUAUCCAUGAGCCAAAUGACAUUGUGUUUCCUGUGGAUUCUGAAGAAAGGAAGGCCACUUUAAACUGUGAAGCAAAGGGGAAUCCAACACCAUAUUACAGAUGGCAAAGAAAUGGCACAGACAUUGACAUAAACUUGGAUUACCGUUAUAGUUUGAUUGGUGGUACUCUGGUGAUCAAUAACCCAGUCAGGACCCAAGAUUGUGGAACAUAUCAAUGUUUUGCUACAAAUUCGUUUGGCACAAUCGUGAGCAAAGAAGGAAAACUCCAAUUUGCAUAUCUUGAAAACUUCAAAGGAAAGUCAAGAAAUAAUGUGUCCGUCCGAGAGGGACAAGGAGUUGUGUUGCUCUGUGGUGCCCCAUCACAUUCUUCAGAACUGAAAUAUGCUUGGAUAUUUAAUCAGUUUCCAACUUUUGUGGAACAAGACAAUCGUCGCUUUGUGUCUCAAAACACUGGUAACUUGUACAUAUCGAAAGUGGAGAUUUCAGAUGUUGGUGCUUAUAUCUGCGAGAUAGAAAACACAGUAACCAACAAGAGGGUUCUGAGCCCCCCCACUCCUUUAGUACUUCGUACUGAUGGGGUAAUGGGUGAAUAUGAACCGAAGAUUGAAGUUCGCUUUGCAGAAGUAGUUUAUGCUGCAAAAGGAUCGACAGUGAAAUUGGAAUGCUUUGCUCUGGGAAACCCAGUCCCAACAAUCAGCUGGAGAAAAAUUGGUGGUUCAUUUCCAGACAAGAUCAAAGCAAACAAAACUUAUGGUGUACUUGAAAUCCCAAACUUCCAGCAGAGGGAUUCAGGCACAUAUGAAUGCACAGCUGAAAAUUCAAGAGGAAAGAACACAGCACAAGGACAGCUGGUUUUUUAUGCACAGCCUAACUGGAUUCAGAACAUAACAGAUGCAUAUGUGCCCAUUGAAGAAAGUCUUCAGUGGGUUUGCAAGGCAAAUGGAGACCCAAAGCCUUCAUACAGCUGGCUAAAGAAUGGUAAACCCCUCGUAAUGGAGGAAAGAAUUCUGGUGGAAAAGGGAGUACUUACCAUCCGUGCUGUUAACCUGUCAGACUCCGGCAUGUAUCAAUGCCUGGCUGAAAAUAAACAUGGAGUAAUAUAUCUCAAUGCCGAGCUUCGGGUUCUGGCAUCAGCUCCUGAUUUUUCAACAAGCCCAUUGAAGAAAUUAAUAGCCGUUAGCGUGGGUGGUGAUGUCUUCAUUGAAUGUAAACCAAAAGCUUCCCCGAGAGCAACCUUUUCUUGGAUGAAGGGAAAUGCAAUUCUGCGAGAGAAUGAAAGAAGAAUUAUUCUGGAGGAUGGUAGUCUCAGAAUAGCUAACGUGACAAAGAACGAUGGUGGACGCUACACCUGCAUUGCUCAGAAUUAUUUUGGCUCAGCUAACAGCACAGGAACAUUAAUGGUGAAAGAUCCAACAAGAAUUACUAUUCCGCCUUUGGACAUGGAUGUCACAGUGGGUGAAAGUACAAUCUUACCGUGCCAAGUCUCCCAUGAUCCUUCACUGAACGUUGAAUUCUCGUGGUCUUUUAAUGGACAACUUAUAGACUUCAGAAGAGACAGAGACCAUUUUGAAAAGGUCGGAGGGCAGGGAUCCUCUGGUGAUUUGAUGAUCAGAAACAUUCAGCUUAAGCAUGCUGGUAGAUUUGUUUGCAUGGUCCGAACUGCUGUGGACAGUGCAUCAGCUGCAGCUGACCUGAUUGUCAGAGUUCCACCAGGUCCACCAGGGAGUGUCAUAGUGGAGGAAAUUACAGAUACCACAGCUCAACUCUCUUGGACUCCUGGCAUUGACAACCACAGCCCAAUCUCAAUGUACACUGUACAGGCAAGGACUCCCUUUUCAGUGGGUUGGCAAACUCUUAAAACAGUUCCUGAGGUAAUUGGUGGUGAUGCUGUAACAGCAACUGUAAUCGACUUAAGCCCCUGGGUGGAAUACGAAUUCCGAGUUGUUGCUAGCAACAGCAUUGGUAUUGGGGAGCCAAGCUUUCCAUCUGAAAAAUCAAGGACAGAAGAAGCCCUUCCCGAAGUAGGCCCAGCUAAUGUAAGUGGGGGAGGUGGCAGUCGAUCAGAACUCGUAAUAACUUGGGAGCCUGUGCCUGAAGAAUUACAAAACGGUGAAGGCUUUGGAUAUGUUGUUGCUUUUCGACCACUUGGAGCAACAAGUUGGAUGAAGGCGGCAGUAACAUCAGCAGAUGCAUCAAGAUAUAUAUUUAGAAAUGAAAGUGUUCCACCCUUCUCUCCCUAUGAAGUAAAGGUUGGAGUUUACAACAACAAAGGCGAAGGGCCUUACAGUGCAGUAAUCACUGUAUAUUCAGCUGAGGAAGAGCCCACUGUAGCACCGUACAAUGUCUCAGCCAAAAGUCUGUCAGCCUCUGAAGUCCAAGUUUUCUGGGAAGCUGUUCCUUGGGAGACAAACAAAGGAAAAGUUCGGGGUUAUGAGAUAUGGUAUUGGUCAGAUGAUGAAAAUGAAGAAGUAGCAAGCAAACUGAGAUUAAGCGGAAACAACACUUCAACAAAAGUCACAGGAUUGAAGGGCAGCACCCUUUAUUACCUGGUAGUAACAGCUUUCAGUAGUGCUGGGACAGGACCUGCCAGUCUUCCGGUCAAUGUCACAACAAAGAAACCACCACCAAGUCAAGCACCUGGAAAAAUAUGGUGGGAAUCAGCUAGCUCCAGAGUUGUUCUAAACUGGGACCACGUCAAAGCAAUGGAAAAUGAAUCAGAAGUGACAGGAUAUAAAGUUUUGUACAGAAAUAACAGACAAAGUAGUUCAAAGGUGAUAGAAACCAAUAACACAUCUGUGGAGCUUCUACUGCCUGAUGAUGCUGACUAUAUUAUUGAAGUGAAGACAUUCAGCGAUGGUGGGGAUGGAAUCAGCAGUGCUCAAAUCAGGAUUCCAAGAAUGUCACAUCCGGGUGGUGGAAGAUCUGGAACCGCACCAUCAAACACUUGUACACUGUCAGCCUUUAGCACAAUAGUGCUAUCUUUGUCAGCAAGAUCAGCAUUAUGGUGAAAACAUACGCUGACGUACCUGACAUCCUAUAGCAGUCAAUGAUCUAAAGACUUGGAAUGAGUGAAUCUACAAACUUUGCUAUUGUGCAUUAACUGACCCACCAAUGUUAUCUUUUCCUAUAAAUUUUUAUGAUUGUACAUUUUGUCAUUUCAAAUUUGUGUGGUUACACCAAUAACUACCAGUACAAUUCAUCCGACCGGUCAAAUUGAGAGGUAUGUUCUUUGCAUGAGGUUUCGUUUGAGUUUUUCAAAUGCACUGAAAUCAACAUCUGAAAAACAUCAGAUAUUUGAUGUUACCAAAGCGUGCAAUCUAAUGGUUUGCAUAUUAUGUACAGAUGGCUAUAUUUAUACUUGUGAAAUGUUCAGUAUUUUGAGUUUAUUAUUUAGCACAACUUUUUGAAGUAUCUUGGAAUGUGUUGUAGGUUUUAACAUUGUAAUACAAUUUUCAAAUUUGUCACCUGUACCUGAAAUCACUGUUGCUUGUAUGGAAAUUGGAGAUUUAACCAGAUAACAUUGGUGCAGUAUCUAUACUUUAACUAACAAAGAUUUCUCUGAAAUAUCCGGGUACAGUCAUAACAAAUGAAAAGUAAACUGUAUGUACUCACACAUUUCACAACUAUUGAAACUUCCUAUUAUUUAAAGUAUAUUAUAUUUUUGUUGCAGCAAGCAAACCUGGAUUACCUAGUGUAUUCUAAUGUAGUAACAAGCAAUGAAGUUUAAUUAAAAUACAAUGAUGAAUAAGGCUAAAGUUGAUUGUUAGGUAUGUAUUGGUAUGAGUGUAAUAUGCAACACAUAUACAAAGUCUAUGGUAUAGCUGGUGGGUGGAAGGAAAUAAGACAGCAGAUGGAAAAGGUGAAAUAAAUCAAAUCUGUGAUGUUGCAUGUGAAGGUGCAUUUAUUUUUCUGUUAAAUUAAUGUACAUAAGUCUUUCAUUGCAUAUUUGUAAAUAUGUGUCAGGAGCAACAUCAUUUUCCAAUAAGCUGUUACUAGAUUAGCUGUAAAGGUGAGCUGGUCAGUUUGUUUACCAGAUUGAAUCUAAAUGGUUGCUAUAAUCUUUUAAAAGUUUGAUCUACUUUCAGAAAAAUAAUUGUUUACAACUAUGUUUUUUAAACUUCAAAUCUGUUUUAUAUUUUUCAUCCGUCUGUUAUGACUGGCCACUGUUAAUGUAGGCAGCAGUAUUUACAUUUAAAUAUUGUUUGCUUAAUUCUGUAAAUAGUAAUUUGACAGAUUCCUGUGAAAUAAAUCUGCCUUGAAACAGUUUUCCCCCAUUAUCAUCCUCUUAAUAAUCCUGCAGAAUACUGUUUUCUAUCUGUAGUAAAUAACUGUUUUCUCAUGAUCCUACUUUUUUUAACAAAGGGUCGAGAUAAAUAUUAGGAGUCAAGUUUGAGAAAUGCAAUUUUAAAAUUAACAUUUUAAAAAAUGCACUUCAAAAACCAAGGCUCUUUUUCAAUGCAAAGCCUGCUUAGGGCGAUAAAUAUGCACACAGACUGAGCUCUAGUGGCAAUCUUCACAGGGAGUUCGGUUUCUGAACUUUACUAUGGCACCACUGAGACCUAAAUGUAAGACCACUUCACUCAUCACCAUCGUAUAUCGGCUCGGACAUUCCAGUGAAAGUGACAGUCAAGCUACUGCUUUCCCAAUAACUUGUACCACUUCAGCCAAGGAGGAGGCACAGAGUUUAAGUCUAAAGUUAAGUCCAAAGGUUGCUGAUCCAACUAAACCCUUGCACCCCUAGCUUUGCAUAAGAGGUACGUUACUGCCUGGUUUACAGCGUGGAAUAGGCCCUUCAGGCCUUUCAAGUCUUGUCGCCCCAGCAACCCCUGACAAUUCCAAUUAACCCUAACCUAAUCAUGGGACAAUUUUCAAUGACCAAAUAACCUGCCUGGUGCAUCUUUGGACUAUGGGAGGAAACCAGAUCACCUGGGAAAAGCCCACAAAUUCAACAGGAAGGACGUACCGAGACUCCUUACAGGCAGCACUAGAAUUGAACUCUGAACUCCGAUGCCCUGAGCUGUAAUCGUGUUGUGCUGAAUGCAUUGAAUAUUGUAAAAUUGCUUUUUUUGUGGUUGAAGCAAAUUAAACUUUACAGAAAUUUAAAUCGGGUCUACACUAAGUACUCUUUUAAUGACGGUAGGUGUUAAUUGUUACCAAAUAACUCUGUGGGUUUGAAAAUUAACUUACAGUCUGGAGUCUCACCCUUCAUAUUUGAAUUAUUUGUACUAUUUAAUUUUUUUCCUUUCCGUGUUGUUGCUCUCUUUUAGUUAAUCUAUUUGUCCCCCUUUCAGUGCCUUUAUAAUAAAUUGAUCCAUUCUAAUUUACACUUCCUUUUCAGUCCAAGUUCUCGUAAUUUCAUAAUUGUUCAAUCUGACUGGAUGAGGAGGAACUCUGUUACUCUUGAUUACCCUGUUCACUUCUGUUGCCACAUUCGCUCAGUUUUAAAUUAUUCUGAUGUCACCAGAUUGAAUUUUCACCAAAGUAGCUAGCCAUGAAAGGACAUGUGUGAUCAAUGACUGAUCUCACUGGGUUCAUUCUUUUGGAAAAAGCUAGCCUAAUAAAUUGAUGGGAACAUUAUAAUUGAAGUAUUUCAUACCUCACAGAAAUUAAAAGUCGGUAUCAUGAACAUUUACAUUAGAUUUUAUAUUUCUCAUUCGUUGAUGUAUUUAAAAUAAAGUGGUGUUUUUCAUUGUUCACAAAAGCUCAGUUCCUCAUUGUUUACAUUCUAUAUUUUGUUGUAUCCACAAGAUUCAUUUGUAAUAUCUGCUGAAGGGAAGCUACAUAACUUUUCUACCUCCGAAAUCUAGGUACCUUUCAUACACCUGCCCACUAAGUGUACAUUCCAUUCACUUGAUUUCUAAUCAUUGUUUUUUUUUCUUGUUGCAGUUGUUAUGAGUGAAGUAGAGUUCAUUGCUGUUGCUGUUGCCAUUGCUGUUCCACUGUCAUCCCUGCUAGGGUAUUGUUCCAUUGAACUUUGGCCAGCUCCUCCCUCAUAGAACCAUAGUUCCCUUUGUUCAACUGUAAUACUGACACUUCCGAGUUUCCCUUCUCCCCUCUCAAAUUGUAAUGGUACAUACAUUCAGUAAUCUAUUACUUGCUGCGUACUCUAGCUGUAAAUUAAUGAUAAAAUUACUUGCAUUCACAUUGUCUCUUUGGAUUGCACUGCCUUUUCAUUCAUUGUCAUCAAGCGUGGACCUCAGUCUGCCAUAAUCAAUUAUUUGCUUCUUAGAUUACAUUCAGUCCACCAACACUGAUGAAAUACGUAGAGUCCUUAAUAACUUUAUCGCUUGUAACUGCUGUGAUUCUUCAUCAUUUCAUCCUUGUCAAUUGUAUAUAAAGAAAAAUCAGUGGAUGCCUAACCUUGAAGGGAAUUCACUCCAGAAUGUCCAGAAUUACUCAGAUGAUCCCUGACCAAGUGUGUGUGGCUCAUCUCAGGGCUCUUCACAAACUUUUGGAAAUGAGAGAGCAGUUAACCACGUAUAACAUGGUCCUUAACAGGGGCAAAGGCCUAAAAGCAAUCCUCUUUAUUAACGACUAUUAUUGUGAUGGACCAACCGUUGUUUUGUUUGGGUUGCUGUCACUCAAGUGGAACUCAAAGGGAUGGUGUAAUAUUGCCUUUGUAUAAGGAAAGGCUUCUCCUUUGCAAUUUCCACAAGUAUUGAAUCACAGGGCCCAUGAGGCCAGGCCCAGAUUUGAUGGGUUUACCUGGGAUUGAAAAGAGGGCUCGGAACCAAUCCCUUAGCAGCAAAGUUGGGAUCAAAUUCAACGUGAGUGUUAGGCUCAGGAAUGGCUAUCAGACAAUGAUUGAUGGGCAUGGACAGGUGAAGGUGUAAGGGAAUCAAAAGUAUGCCAAUAGACAUGGAGAGAACUGGUACAAAUGGGUCAGAGUUCUGAAGAAAAGGUCAAGUUAGCUCGGCAGAUUGAAUGGAUGAAAAUGUCUUUUAAAGCCAGCAAACCUGAAAAGACAAGAGUUGUCACUAUUUAGUUGGGAAAGACAAUAGAUUGUCUCAUAUAUAAAAUGCUUAAGAAGUACUUAGCUGAAAUGUAUUCCUACUGCUGGUCUUCACAGUCAGGGUCUUUUAGUUCUUGCUGAAGCAUACUUAACAAAUGCUAUGAAAGUUCACUUCUGAUGGAGCAGGCUGUAAACAGUACAAUUGCAUACAUGAAUUGAAAAUUUGCAGAAGCAACAUCCAGGCCAGUUCUGUAAUUUUCUGUUAUCACACAAUGCUGGUUCCAAAGAUACAUCCUUGAACUCCCCUGUGAAUUCCCACAUCAAACAAGCCAAGAACAAGAAAAGUAAACCUCAACUUCCAAUAUUUCUCUUUAAUUGAAUUUAAAGUAUCUAGUGUAUCAAAAUAUGAGACUAUCCAAUCUAGUUUCUCAACUGAGUCUUCUAGUCUGGUUGUUAAAUGUCAUCUCUUACCAGAUUAAUGUGGAUAUUGUAGUUUUACACAUUGAAGACCUCUUGGACCAUAUGAGAUAUCUACAGAUGCACACAUUUAGUAAAAGUAAAUAUAUAAAAAGUAAAUAACUAUAUGUAAGUUGAAGAAAUUUUCAAAGUAAAUUCUGCCCACAAUAAUAGACUUGCAUGGAGAUUUUUCAAAACAGCAUUUCAAAAAUAAAAUAACUCUUCUAAUGCACAGGUUUAAUGUUUUUUACCUAAAAUGUUGAAUGUUUGUUUCAUUAUACAUCCUGUAUAUUUCUGUCUGGAUACACUAAUGUGGGUGAAGAAAGGAGAUGAAGGUUACUUAUACAGUAUAUUGUAGUGUUUUGAUUGGUUGAUUGUUUUGUCUGUAGUCAUUUGAUUUGGUUGAUUUUCUUUGAGUAUGCUUAUCCCAGUUUUUAAGUUGCACUCCUUUUGUUUUGCUCACAUUCAAUUCGCUAAUAGAUAAUUGUUUAUUUGAUUUUUUUUCAUGACCUUUGUAAUUUUGGGCAUGUAGUACUUUGGAGUCUUCCUUUUUCCCAUGCUUUUGAAGUUUUAUUUAAAAUGUUUUUCAGCUCAUCAAGUCUUCAUAUUGCCAUCUUUCAAGCAAAACAUUGAGAAAGACUAAAAUGAUAUUGCGCAACUUUAAGGUUUUAUAAAAUUAGUGAAUGACAGUCAUACUACAAUUUUUAUAUUCUUCUAAAGAUUGAGAUCUAAUAAAAUAAAAUUUGUUGAAAAUAUGGAUAUGAAAAUUUCAUCUGCACUCUUUUUCUUUUAUGGAUAAUCUUGUGAAAGUAUUCCUCAAACAUUCAGAUUGUUCUUUAUUGUUUAGUUUUGUUGGUAUCCUUUAGUUAUCUGUUAUUAUAAUCCAUCUAGGUAGGUUAACCAUUAAUAGUUCCCUGACUUGCAACUGCCCUUAUUUUAAUUAUUUUUUAUCAUUUCCUCUUAACAAAUAUACAGUAAUGACAUCAGACAUAAUCCUUAUUACUAUACACCUUUCUUCACCAAGAAUGCUGGUAAGUCAUUUGCUUCCUUAUCUUUUCCAUAUAUGUUUGAAAACAAAUUGUGAUGAUUUAUGUGAGAAACUCAACACGACUUUUAUUUCUGUCUGCUUGUAGAUCUGGAUCAACAGUCAUUUAUAGUAAUGAGGGUAAAAAUUACAAACUUUUGCAAACUCCAGUUCCAUAUUAUCACUGGCAGAUUCGGAGGACACUUAUCCAUAUUCUGUUCUUUCAUAUUCUGUUGGAUGGAAGUCAAGGGGAAAGUAAAAUGUCAAAAUUUAUACAGUCUUUAUGGUCAGUCUUUGUACUCCACAGACAGGUGGAUCACCAAAGUAGAUUUGAAAUGUGAGUUAAAUGUUAAAAUUGUCAAUGCUUACCUGAAAACAAAAUUGCUAAAUGAAAAUUCAUAUUUUGAGAUGAUGUAAAGAUAUUGUAAUAUUGUAUGCUAUGUCCUUGAACGAAACUUCAGCAAAAUACAUAACACUAAAAUCAUUACCACAUACCUUCGCAGAAGUAGCAUACUAAUUAAGUUUUGAGAAUUGAUCUGGAGUUGGAUCAUUGAUGUUAGUGUUUUAUCCAUCCUGCUAAUCAUUAUUUGUCUUUUCCUUCACUGUGAGAGUUUGAAAGGUUAAAACAAUGUCUGCUUCCUAUUGUGAUAAAUAAAUCUAAAUCUGA